UAUAAAACUUUUAUAAGUUUUAAAAGUGAAAAAAGUUGCUAAAUACAUUGUGUUCACAAAAAACAGUUGUAUUAAACGACAUUUCAUUGAAUUUUACAAUUCAAUCAAUGGAUCGAUACGUGAUAAGAGAACCGAGGCUUGGCAAUCCGCAGCCGAAUCAAAUGUUCGCGAUGCCAUCAACAAGUAUGAAUAACAAUAACACAACCUCAGGCGAAAACCCAUUCUACGGCACGUACGGGCCGGUUUUCCCAAACGCUCAACAAAUAAAUAAUCCGGGUAUUAUAAUUCAAAAUCCUGGUCAAAUUCAGUCCGGUAUCGAUCCUCAGUAUUUAGCAUCGUAUUCUGGAAGUACUAACUACAUAUCAGGACAACAGCAAAACCAAGGUCAACAUUUAAUUCCAAUGCAAAGAGAUUUUCAAGAGCAACAAUACAUUCAAGGUCAACAAAACAAUCAAGGUCAACAGCUUCAUGGGCAAUUGUAUGUGCAUGGGCAACAACAAAUUCCUGGGCAACAGUAUAUGCAUGGCAAACAACAUAUUCCUGAGCAACCGUACAUGCGUGAGCAACAACAUAUUCCUGGGCAACCGUACAUGCGUGAGCAACAACAAAUUCAUGGGCAACAGUACAUUCAACCUCAACAAAAUAUGCAACAGCAUGCCUUUCAAGGUCAACAACGCUAUAAAGCUGACCUAAAUCUCCAGAAUAUUGUCCCGGAAACUACAGAUGCAGUGGUAUAUACGAAAUAUUUGAACAAAAAUGUUGUUGGUGCUGUGAAACCGGCAAAGAAGUUUGUCAAUGGGCCGCUAUCAACUCCAAAAGGAAAAUCUCAAACUCAAACCCAAUCAAAGCAAUCGAGUUUUUCUAUUCAUGCCUCAACGUCUACGAAAAAUGAAGAUUCUAGUUUGGAAAACGUAGUUAUGGCAUUAAAAGAAGUAACGAACAAGCCGACGACUGUUGUAGCGGAAAAUGAAACACAAAAUCUGCGAAAAAUUCGUUUAGAUAAGCUUCAAGCAUUAAAUAAAAGCGGACCGCGAGCAUUUUCCGGUCCCGUGGAGAAAGUGCUCAAAUGGCACAAGGUACUAAAGGAAAUAGGCGUUUUGGUACUUUACGAAAUUGUUGCGAAAUGCUUAAGCGUAAGACAGGGGAAACCUUGUGAGAAGAUUUUAGUGAUAAAAGAUGAAAAUGGACCGGCCAUGGAAGUUGUGUACUACGAGAUCGAUUUUCUUUUCCCUGAUUUGAUAUUGCCUUGUACUGUUAGAGUUGUAGGUCGCAUGAUGGUGGGCACGUGUCGCCUGCAGGCUUUCAGCGUGCGCGUGGCGACCGGCGACGAUAUCGCCACGCUGCCUCGCCGUGCCGCCGUCGCUCAACACCAUAUUGCUAAACUAGCUAAGGAUUACUCACAAUAAAAUAAUAUGUAAUUAAUUAAAUUUAAAAUGUAAUGGUACCCUCCCGGUAUUAGAGUUGCCACGUCAAGUGGGAAAGUAAUCUUGCUCCCGAAGUGCCAAUUCAAAUGCUGUAGUGUCUGUCGAUGUCGUUAAUAUUUUUGGGUUAACUGAAAUAUGAGCUACUACUUAUCAUAAUGUUUGCUGAUUUUAUUGUUUUAAAUUUACGUUAAAAAUUGACAAAUAGUAUUGGGAACUGUAAG